UCCUGUCCAGAAAUUCCAGCAUGUUGAGCAAAUGCGGACGACAGCUGUUGCGUGCGAGCUCCGCCUGGCGGCUGCGUUGCUGGCGGCAACUGGGAGGCGUUCGCAUGCCUCAGGAGUGUCCCGUCGAGAUGACGCACACCUCGCUCGUGAUUGAGGCCGAGGCGCGACGCUUCAUACACGACUGCCUGCGUCGGGUGGGCGUGCCUUUCGAGAAGCUGCGUUCCAUUAGCGACUUUCUGCUCGCGGCGGAUUACCGAGGUGUGCACGGCUCGGGCAUCAAUCGGCUCGAAAUGUACCUGAGGGAUCUGCAACAGGGCUAUGUGGACAUCACGGCGGAGCCGGAGAUAAUCAGCGAAACGGCGGCCACAGCGCAUGUGGAUGGCAACUGCGCCAUGGGCGUCUUUGUGGGCAACUAUUGCAUGGAUCUGGCCGUGGAGAAGGCGCGCAAAUUGGGCAUCGGUUUCGUGGUGGCCAAGCGUUCGCAUCACAUCGGCAUGGCCGCUUGGUAUGCGUUCCGGGCCAUGGCCAAGGGCUAUAUUGGCCUUGUUUUGUCGAAUGCGGCGCCCAUGUUGAUGGCGCCGGGCGCCCAGGUCGCCAGCCUGGGUGCCAAUUGCCUGGCCUUUGGCGCAGAUGCAACCCAUUCACAUUUCAUGCUGGACAUGGCCGUCACGAUGAAGGAGAUUGGCGCUGUGGAGUGGGCGUACAUAAAGAACGAGUUGAUACCGAACACUUGGGCGGCGGAUGAGUCCGGGCUGCCCACCUGCUUCCCUAGCCUGGCGCUGCGCGCCCAGCGCCUGUAUCCGGUGGGCGGGCACAAGGGAUACUGCCUGGCGGCCAUGAUUGAUGUGCUGUGCGGCGUUAUGUCCGGCGCUAACUAUGCGACGCGUGUGCCUCGCUGGUGGUCGGAGUCCCAGAUCGGCUGCAAUCCCAAUCUAGGCCUCGUCAUGCUCGCCCUGGAUCCGUGCGUGUUUGUGCCGGACUUUCACGAACGUCUCGACGACUUUCGACGCUGCAUCGAGACCUCCAGCCCCCUGGAUGAGGCCAAGCCCAUCCGUAUGGCCGGCCAGCCGGAGAAGCAGCACAUGUACUACGUGGACGACCUCGGUGCGCUGCCCUUCCCCAACGUUCUGCUGGCCAAGUUCAAACGGAUCGCGGAUCUCCUGUGCGUCAAGCCGAUGGAGUUAGCCUUCGUCUCCAGCAACACACAAUAUCGCUGCAUGUAGAUGGCGCUUUACAAUUGCAUGUAAAAAGACUGGCGCCAGGUGGCGCAGCUUGUGGCAAGCUUUGGUUGCACGCCCAGGUGGCGCCACAACGUAUUCGCCCCCAAAUUCACAGCGUCAUCUAUUGAGUUUAUUUUUGAUAAUGCACCAAAGGACAAUAAUGGGUGUAGUAAAUACGUGUAACAGUUGUAUAAAGGCGGCGCCACAAAGAAUUCGCCCCAAAUUCACAGCCUCAUCUAUAGAGUUUAUCUUGUUAUGCAACCAAAGGACAAUAAUGGGAGUAGCGUAAAUACGUGUAACAAUUGUAUAAAGGGAUUUAAGAAAACGUGUCUGGAUUCAAUAAUAGGUACAACUUGUGUUUAGGAUAACUCGUUAACGGAUGGCGCUGUUAAAUAUUACCACCAAGUGUUGACAAAUUCCUGAAUAGAAAUAACAAGCAUUUAAACAACACUGCA